UUUGCGUCCGAAACGUCUCCUAAAACCCUCGAUUCGUGGUCCGGUCACGGCCCGCCCGGGAUCCCGACCUCGGGAAGAAGCGGCGACGCGAUGAGAUGAAGGCACGGCCUCUCACUCCCAUAAUCCGGCUACAGCUCCUCCACUCACGUCGCCUCCGCCCCGUCCUCGGAGCUCGGCCUCUCUCCUCCGCAACCGACCACCCUGACAAGGCGCCGCCGGCCUCCUCCUCCUCCUCCGUCGCCCCGCAGUCGGAGGUGGAGGCGAGGAGCGAGGCCUACCGGCGGCUUGAAAACCUCGACUUCAUGACCGCCGCCAAGAUCCUAUUCACCACCCCUCCCAAAAGGAAGAAGUUCGGGCUCGAUUUCCAUCUGGUACAGCUCUUCUUUGCUUGCUUGCCCUCUUUAGCUGUGUACUUGGUGGCACAAUACGCGCGAUAUGAGAUCAGAAGAAUGGAGGCGGAAUUAGAGGAGAAAAAGAAACAAGACGAGGAAAAGCAGAAAGCAAAAGAGGCAGAGAUGAGCAACGACGAAGAAAAGUCUGAAGCAGAGUUGUCAAAGGUUAAAGCCAGGUUGGAUGCACUAGAGGAGGCUGUAAAGGAAAUUGCUGAUGAGAAAAAGAAAAUUCCCACUUCCAAAUUAUCCAAGGAUCAAGAUCAAGACAAGAGAGAGAAGGUUACAUCUGUUGAUGAGAAGUCCAGUACUCAGAGCCAAUUGAACACAAGAAGCAGCGAUACGGAAAGGGUCGGUGGUUCUAGCCCUUAAAGCUUACAUUGCAACAACUGAUGGAGUGGAUCCUGGCAUUACAGAGAAAUCAAUACAAGUGAAACACCUCUUCUGGUGGAUGAUCUGGAUAGGAUAAAUUUUGGGCAUUUAUGUAUGAUUUACUUGAGCAGUAACUAUAUCAUCUUUCAAGGCACAACUUAAUCUUGGAGAUUGUUUAAUUAUUUCAUUAUUAUCUUUCUCGGUGGCUCUCUUUUUCUA